AUGACAAACAUCCUCCUCGUCGGCUCUGGCGGAGUAGGCACCAUCGCAGCGCUCAAUCUCGAAGCAGGCGGACUCGCCUCGGUGACUGCAGUGCUGCGCUCGAAUUAUAACAAAGUCACCACCGACGGCUUCCACAUCAAGUCCGUCGACCACGGCGAGAUCACGCACUGGAGGCCAUCUAAAAUUUUGAAUAAAAUCCCCCACAGCGAAAAACACUUUGACUACAUCGUCGUAACAACAAAAAACAUCGCCGAUGCAUCCCCCACCACAGCAGAGCUUAUCUCCCCUGCCAUAACGCCAGGGAAAACAGUCAUCGUGCUAAUCCAAAACGGACUGAAUAUCGAGAAACCGGUAUUCGAGAAAUUCCCGCAGAAUGUCGUCCUUUCUGGUGUUUCCCGGGUGGACUCGCACGAGAUUGCAACCGGGGUUAUUGAGCAGGUUGAUCAUGAUCGGUUGAUAAUCGGGGCUUUUGCGAAUCCAAAUCCAAAUGGUGAUGGUAUUGAUGCAGAUGCAGAAGCAGCAGCACGCCAUUUCGUACAGAUAUACAGCGCAGCCGGCAAAACAGACUGCAGGUAUAUCCCCGCGGCAGAAGUCCCGUUCUACCGCUGGCAGAAGCUAGUCUACAAUGCAUGCAUGAACACCAUUUGCGCCAUAACGGGUCUAGACACGGGACGGAUUCAGCUGGCUGGUGACGUCGUGGAAAGCCUGGUCAGACCGGCCAUGAAUGAGAUUGUGGCUGCUGCGGCGGCGGUGGGCGUGCGGCUUCCGGGGGAUAUUGUGGAUAGGAUGAUUAGUAUUGAUCCUGUCACGGCUUAUUUGAGGCCGAGUAUGUUGGAGGAUGUGGGGAGGGGGAAUCUGACCGAGUUUGAGAAUAUCCUUGGAGAGCCGCUGCGAGAGGGUACAGCGCGAGGCAUGAGUAUGCCCACGGCGACAUUCUUGUAUCACACGCUCAAGGCGAUUCAGUGGAGGGUCAAGGAGGAGAAGGGGAUGAUUACAAUCCCGUCGAAGAGUGUUUAG